UUCAUUCACAAAUCAAACAUACAAAUUUUUACAACGUCACACACACACACACACACACACAACCUAUCUACAAAUAAUAGAUAUAUUCAUUGUUUCAUUGCCUCCAGUCGGAGUUGCAGCAGUUGUCCAUCAUCAACAACAUACACUAUACUACAUAAACAAACAAACAAACAAACAAACAAACAAACAAAUAACAAACAACAAACAAACAGAAUAUUAACAGCCCAAUACAAUGAUAAUAAUAUCUUCGUAAUCACUUAUCAACCUAUCUUAUCACUUUACUUCAACUAUUUUAUUUAUCCCCUCCUUUAUUCCUUCUUCCCCUUCACUUAUUUGUAUAUACAAAACUCUAAUGAUAAUCCAUUUGUAAAUAAUAUUAUGUUCCCAAAGACGGACGUUCACCGAAUUGGUCUCUUGGACUGUUUGCUGUUCAACUGCGAUCGCCACUCUGGCAACAUCCUGGUCGCCUACAACGAGGAGGACCAGCUCCAUCUAGUGCCCAUCGAUCACAGCCUCUGUCUACCAAGUUCCAACUCGCUCUCGGACGCCCUCUUUGACUGGAUCUACUUCCCCCAGUCCAAGGCACCCUUUGAUGAGGAGACCCGCAAGCAGAUACUAGCCAUUGACAUUGAUUCUGAUAUCCGUUACUUCAAGAGUGCUCUACCCGAGCUCCGUGUACAGUGUCUGGAGACACUAAAGCUAACCACCACCUUUGUCCAAAAGGCCAUUCAGAAGGACCUGACCCUCCAUCAGAUUGGCAAGCUCAUGUCCCGUACUGAUCCCAAGACUCCAUCCGGCCUCGAGUCUAUCCUUCAGGACAUCACCCGUCGCGGUCACAGAAUAUCCCUGUCCAAUCAAUCGUUCUGGAUUGAGUAUGAGAAGCAAGUCAAUUCAUUGUUGGACGACUGUCAGACCAAGCAA